GGCGACAGUCUGCCUGGCGGGCAGCUACAGAGAGCCGAUAGAGGAAGAGCCACUGUGGGUGCAGUUCAUGUUAGCCUUACUGUUAGCAGGCGUCGUUGACAAGUGGUUCCUUGUGUCUAAUUGUGAAACACAUCUCUGUUUACUAAACCAGAGUUAGGAGUUGUAAUCGAGGCUCUUCGACGACUGCUUCGCCAAGAUGAGCUUCCUGUUUGGCAGUCGCUCAUCCAAGACAUUCAAGCCGAAGAAGAACAUCCCAGAGGGCUCCCACCAGUAUGAGCUGCUUAAACACGCUGAGGCAACACUGGGCAGCGGGAACUUGAGGCAGGCUGUCAUGCUGCCUGAGGGAGAGGAUCUCAAUGAGUGGAUUGCUGUCAACACGGUGGACUUCUUUAACCAGAUCAACAUGCUGUACGGCACCAUCACCGAGUUCUGCACUGAGACCAGCUGCUCUGUGAUGUCUGCUGGACCAAGAUACGAGUAUCACUGGGCUGAUGGCACCAAUAUUAAGAAGCCCAUCAAAUGCUCUGCGCCCAAGUAUAUUGACUACCUGAUGACCUGGGUGCAGGAUCAACUGGAUGAUGAGACACUUUUUCCUUCCAAGAUUGGAGUUCCCUUCCCUAAGAACUUCAUGUCUGUGGCCAAAACCAUCCUGAAGCGUCUGUUCAGGGUUUACGCUCACAUCUACCACCAACAUUUUGACUCUGUGAUGCAGCUGCAGGAGGAGGCCCACCUCAACACCUCCUUCAAGCACUUCAUUUUCUUUGUUCAGGAGUUCAACCUUAUCGACAGGCGAGAGCUUGCUCCCCUGCAGGACUUAAUCGAGAAGCUUGGAUCCAAGGACAGAUAGACAUUUCAUCACACAUCUCCCCCUUUUUUGUUUUUAAACAGUUUCUUUUUCCUCCUUUGUCCCUCUCUGUGACCUCUGCUACCUCUAUGACUUCUAGUCUCAACUCUUUAAAUCUGUGCCUUCUUCUUUUCAUUUCAUGAAUGUUUGUACUGUACUGUUCCUUUGUAUUCCUUCUGUUGUCUUUUAUGCUGUCUUUGAGCCCUUUCUUCGAUUUUGCCACUCUAGAUCAUAUACAAUAGUGUAGUAUGAAUAUUUUUUCACAGGACUGUGGUUUACGACUCUGUAAGAGCAACCUACUGAAUUUUAUAUUGGACCAAUGGAAAUUUGGAAGUUAAAGUGAAAACCAGCUUUCUUUUUUCUUCAGAAGUUGGUGUACAGUGUUUUGAUUGUCUAAACACUUCCUAGUUAUUGAUAGGAAAUUUUCUUUUUGUUAACUUUUAGCUAUUGUAAUUACAGAGACUGACCAAAUAUCACAAUCUUUUUUUUUUAGAUGUCUGUCAUCAGUGUACAGUGGAGAGUAAAGACAGUAAGAAAAGUAGUGACAUGAAAUAGAUCUUGGAUGAACACAGGAUAACAGAACAAGUGUGUGGAAGGUAUUUUCAGUCGGAUAUGAAGACGGGCACCAAAAUGCACCGGUAUAUAAUGUAUAGCUCUCAGUCACAAGCUGGUUGUGUGUCUGAUAUCCCAAGAAUGCUAACAAGCUUCCUAUUGACAGUUACACGUGAAGAGAUGCUGUGAGAGACGAUUGUGAGAUGCCUUUGUUCUUGCCCCAUGAAAAACACCACCAUCGACUGCAUUAUAUACAUUUCAAUUUUGUAAUACAAUAUUGUGUUUAGCACAUUUUGGCUAUUUUCUUAAUUAAAAUAAUAUAAUUCAAGAUAUGGUGCUUACAGUGAUACAGCUUCAUAGUUAUUAUUAAUAGUCACUUAAAGCUUUUGUAAUCAUGACUCCAUAAAGUGAGUGGAAAUCAUUCCGUCAACAGCAAAAAUAGUCUAAUGUGAAUUUUUUGUUUUACUGUCAUUUCACCUAAUUUUUGUGGUGCCGAUUUAAUUCUGGAAAUCUGCAUAUUUGAUCGUUCAAUGCUGGUACUAUUUUUCUUUUCUCUGAAUAUUUCUCCCUUGGAUUAUAAAAUAGAGCAAUAAUGCACCUGUGCACGAUGAAGAUGGGUGACCUGAGGUAUAUAUAGUUUUUCCACAGACGUCUUUAUUAGUCCUGGUGCAUGUAUCAUGGUCCUAACUGUGCUUCACUCUGGCUACAACAGCAGGGCUGUUUGUUAUGCCAUCCUUUUACAAACUAAUGCAGCUAGUAUUCCUGAAAAUUGUUUUAUUUGGCAAACUUUAAGCAAGGGAAUUGGUCUAUAACCGUUUUCAUAAUGGACAUAAAUUCAUAUCAGACAAUCAUGUAACCAAUUAGGGCUGUUUGAUAACUUGAUGCAUCACCAGGAACCGACCAAUGUGAUUGGGUGCAGUAGAGUGUUCAUUUUAUAAUGUAUUACUUUUUACAAGCCUUUCAACAAUGUAAAAAAAACAAACUUUUAAGCCCUGUUUUGGGGAAAAAGAUCAAGCCAGCAAUUAAGGUAAUCAUCUAUAGGCAUAUCAAUAUAUUUUACAAGACCAAGUUAUUUCAAAGAUCUCAUUUGGAUAUGCAACUAGUCCUUUCUUUCAAUGUAGUCACAUGUUUUUUAAAUGGAUUGCUUUUUCUCAUAAUUUUGUUUUUUAAAGUUUGGCAUGGAGUUACAUUUCGUAUUACGUUGUAAAAUAAAUUGGUAGAUUUACCUUUUCAAAUAAAGAACAAGGGCUUUGAAAUUAAUUAAAAGUUUUAUAUAUUUACAAUAAUGGUCCAAUCAUUGAUGGGUCAUUUUGACAGAGGAGGUGUAGGAUGUAUGUAGUGCGUUCAAACAUGUGCUGUAAAUAAGAUCAGUGUUUUAUCUGAACAAAACUGUGCCUUACAAAAAUGAAAAUGUCUUCUAUGACACAGUAUUGUUAGAUCAAAAACUCAAUAAACACUGAAAGGAUAA